AUGAGUUCAUCCAGCCCCACAACAGAAGUUCAACCCCGCUUCCAGCAGCUCUUCACCGGGCUCGAAAAGCGCUUCCAGUCGACCACUCUGGGCAGCGACAAGUGGUACAUCCUGGCCAUUACUACGCUAGCAGCCGGCCCUGACCCGGAGUGCGCAGACCAGCUCUACCUGCAUCUCUGCUCGCAACCAGGCAACUCCGCCCCUUCCGAGCGGCAGGCACUUGUUCGGCGUCUGCGCGAGGCCCUCUUCAAAGCUGUUCCUAUAGUCGGAGUGUGCAGGCCUCUUGAGGCCAUUUUGUCCAUCGGCAAGGUCGAGCGUGAAGAGGACAAAGACUACACAUUUACCCGCGAGGGCUGGCAAUGUGACCAGGCCAACCACGACCGCGGCGCGGCGUGGAUGCAGAAGCUGUAUGCGCAGAACACCAGCGGAACGCUGAAUCUGUUUGCGGCGCAUAAGGACUUCUCGUGGUUGUCUGAGGAUAUUACCUACGGCUUGUUCCUGUCGGAUCGCCAGGUUUUGGAUGAUGUUGAUACACAACUUGUUGUCCUGCCUGGGAUUAUGAGCCAGAAUCUGCCGAAUGAGACGCACUGGCACAUUCGAGGAACUCGACGUCUCGGGCUGCCGAAGGAGGAGGUGCAGGUUAUUUGGGACUGUGUGCAGCUUGUGGCGCAAUUCUUCGAUGUUAAGUUGAAUAAGGUGCCUACAGUUGAGCAGGUCGAGUACGAUGUUUAG